GCAGGCCGGGAGGCCGAGCUGGGGCAGCGACCGCCAUGGAGACCCGCUAUAACCUGAAGAGCCCGGCUGUUAAACGUUUAAUGAAAGAAGCAGCAGAAUUGAAAGAUCCAACAGAUCAUUACCAUGCACAGCCGUUAGAGGAUAACCUUUUUGAAUGGCACUUCACAGUUAGAGGUCCUCCAGAUUCUGAUUUUGAUGGAGGAGUUUAUCAUGGACGAAUAGUACUACCACCAGAGUAUCCUAUGAAACCACCAAGCAUUAUUCUCCUAACGGCUAAUGGUCGAUUUGAAGUAGGCAAGAAAAUCUGUUUGAGCAUCUCAGGACAUCAUCCUGAAACUUGGCAGCCUUCAUGGAGUAUAAGAACAGCAUUAUUGGCCAUUAUUGGGUUUAUGCCAACAAAAGGGGAAGGAGCCAUAGGUUCUCUAGAUUAUACACCUGAGGAAAGAAGAGCACUUGCCAAAAAAUCACAGGAUUUCUGUUGUGAGGGAUGUGGCUCCACCAUGAAGGAUGUCCUGUUGCCUUUAAAAUCUGGAAGUGAUUCAAGCCAAGCUGACCAAGAAGCCAAGGAACUAGCUAGACAAAUCAGUUUUAAGGCAGAAGUCAAUUCGUCUGCCAAGACUGUCGCUGAGUCGGACUUAAACCACUCUUUUUCACUAAAUGAUUUACAGGACAGUGCACCUGCAGCGUUCCAGGGUGCUACAGGCAGCACAUCGUAUGGAGUCCAGAACCCCUCUGCAACAUCCCUUCAACAACCUGCCCAACCUGUAGCUAAGAAUACCUCCAUGAGCCCUCGACAACGCCGGGCCCAGCAGCAGAGUCAAAGAAGGUUGUCUACUUCACCAGAUGUAAUCCAGGGCCAGCAGCCAAGAGACAACCACACUGAUCAUGGCGGGUCAGCUGUACUGAUUGUCAUCUUGACUUUAGCAUUGGCAGCCCUCAUAUUCCGACGAAUAUAUCUGGCUAAUGAGUACAUAUUUGACUUUGAGUUGUAAUAUUGUUUUAUGUCUUAAGAGCUGUGACUCAACUGCUUCAUUAAACAUUCUGCAUUGGGUAUAAUCUGAGAAUUGUUUACAAAAGGUUAUUUUGUAUUUUCCCUUCAUUCCUUUUUUUGAUCCUUAUAAAUUCAGUAUAUAGGUAGAUAUUCAGACUGUCCUGCUAAGUUUAAGGAACUGAAAGUCAUAGUUCCUUGUCUCACGAUAUGACCUGCUUUACAGGGAAAUAACUUACUGUUGUUUCUCAUGCCUCAUGUUUCUUUUUGUGUAAAUUUGUGAUAUUUUCUGUAUAGCCCUUUGAAAUUUUUGGAUAAAAGAUGGUGUUUUAAGUUCCAAAAAGUAUUACUAGUUACUCAGUAUCACUUGAGUACUCUGUUUCUACUUAAGUAGAAUGAUAUAGGGAUAAAGGAGUUAAAAAGGGAAAGUGAAACCCCUCAAAUUGCUUGUUACAGUGCCAUUCAUGAGACAGAUUGAGAUUGCCCACUUUGACUGAUUUUGUGUACUGAACACUCUUCUGUGAAAGUGGCUGUUUCAGUCAAACAUUCAUGAGGGGAUGAACUUACAGCUUUACUAUUGAUGUGACUUGAAGAGGAAUGAUGCUUUGUAACCACUUAGAUAUGCUAUUCUCUUCUCUCUGAUAAACAUACCAGAUUUCAAAAGAGAGAAGACAAUCUUCCAUAGAUCUUUAAAGAAGGAAAAUCUAAACCAAGAAAUUACUUGAUUUUCUUUCAGAAGUUAAUGUUGAGGGGGUUAAAGGGAGGGAGACCUAAAGAUUUGAAUGUUCUGCUUUGAAGUGUGUAUAUUAUAUGCCUAGCUUUGUAAUCAUUAUACAUUUAAUUAUUCAGGAAUUUGCAUAAUGUUGAAAUAUUUCAAAUACCAUUUUAAUAGAAAAGCUCAGGGCCCAAGUAACAGUGGUAGAAAUUAGAAAAAUCUUCACUUAGAAUUGUUCACCUAAUUAAAUUCCAGGAAAGAAUUUCCAGCGCAGAAUCAUUAUAACUUAGUGUUAGGUAGCUCCACAUAUAGUGGAUAAUUUUAUCAUCAUAAUGCUUGGUGAGAACCUGUAAUCACAGAAAAGGAGUGCCUUCAGCAUGCUCAGUAAUAGCAUUGAAGGCACUCUUGAGAGUAUUGUUAAUGAAGAUUUAAUUUCCAAAUACAGGCUGUCCCCAGCUUUCAAAUAGCUUAUGCUCUGAAGGUGCACUUGUAUGUUAAUUUUUUUUUACAACUCAGAGUUGUAAAUGUUGUUUAGGUUCUAAACUGGUUUGUAAAAGUUAGUCCAUAAUGUACAUUGAAUACUUGAGGGGUGGGGGUAGAGUGGUGUUCAUAAAGUGCUCAUGUAGUUUUAGUUAACUGAAAUUAUGGGGAAGGGAGAAACAAUUUGUAAAGUGAUUUUUUAAAGGCAAAUUUAACUUUUACUUCUGCUAUGGGACUUAGGCUCUUUCAACCAUCAGAUAAUUUCUGUUUUUGUCUGAUAGUUUUAUGUCUGCAUUUAAAGGCAGAACAUAGUGUAUACUAUUAUAUAAGCCACAGUUGUCUUAAACUUUAAUUAAAAAUGUAAAGGUUGUUCUGUUAUAUUUAUAGCUGAAGCUGGUAAAGGCUGAAAGGAACUCAAGGCCUUUAUGAAGACCUCACAUGUUAGGAAAAUGAUAGGUUACCAUGUUACAACUUUAUUGACAUGAGAAAAUACAUUGUGAAGUCUUAGUUUAGAACCUAAGGUAUUAGAAAUACUGGUUCAGUGGUUGAUGAUCUCCUUACAAGGUUCACCAACCCACCUGCGAAGACCAGAUAGUUUUUUACCAGAGAAAAAGGAAAUCUGUGUGCAUGCAGCCUAUGCUGAGAUUAAUAGUAUACUAGGAACAAUCUUCUCUCCACUGCCCGUCAGCUCCACUCAGACUUCUGCAGGCCUCUUUAAUCUAUGUGAUCUUGUUUCCAUGGGGUGUACCAAUACUUUCAAAUGAACAUUUUGCAUUAUACAGCUCCUUCUCCAUCUGAUUUGCCCCUCCUACCUUACCCAUCAGCAUACAGGCCACCUUCUUACAUAUAUCAGGAUAGUUUAGCCCUUGACACGUGUAUCUGAAAGUGCCAUAUUUUGCUCCUUCCCUUUCACCUCAGGUGUGCUACCUAAAAAUGCUUAAGUUGUCAAUCUGACCUCCAUUGGGGAGGUAAUGCUCAUUGUGGGUCCAUUUUUACUCAAAACCAACUGGAAAUGGUCUCUUCAGAAAACUUAUUCUUUAAAGCCCCACUAAAAGUCCUCAGUUACAACAUAUAGCAGGAUGUGGUCUGGAAGACAAAAUCUUCCAACUUUUCCCCAUAAUCCUCAACUUUAGGUAACUUGUGUUUAAGUAAGUAUGACCAAUAUAGCAAAUGACUACAUAUCAAGGCAGUUACAACAGCAUGCUUGGAAAACAUAAUGUCUGUUUCACCUGUAAUUGUUUAAGUCUAUGAAACCUUUCAAAUUUUAUGUUUUGUGAACCUUUUAUGUAGCACUUUACAUUUUCAUGCUGCUUAUUGUUUUAUUCUACUGAAAUAAAUGGAUUUCAUCAAAAUUCUCAAUUUAAGUGUUUAAAAACCUUUAAAAUAGUUAUUAUUUUGACAAUGGAAAUGUAGAAUUUCCUAUUUUAGGAGAAUAAGAAAUCUUCUUGUUAUUUUUGGCUACAACUAGCCUUUCAGUAUCUUGAGACCUCCCAUUUUUAUAUAAACCAGAAUCAGCAAACAAGCAAACCUCACCCAUUUAGUCCAAAUACUUGAGCAGAAACCAAGACUGAAGUAGUAAAAAGUCUAUAUUGUUUUAUUACUUGCAAAUAAGUAUAUGAAAGGUAAUGCAUUUAAUGAACCUGACUUAAUAAAGAAUAAUGUGCACAUUAACAUGUACUAGCAAGCCUGUUUGGGAGGAUACACGUUGCUUAAACACCAUUUGGAAUGCCUCUUAAUGGUUGCCUUCAGACCUAGUUUGAGCUGCUCAAUAAAACCAGUGACUUUGUUCAUACUUUA